AUGAAGAUGAGCUCUGAUUUGACCACUUUUUCUGGACCCCUCCCCGUGUUGAGCAAGCAGUGGUUCCUUAGGAAAAGGCUGCUUGGUCGUGCAAGGUAUUGUCGAGCAAGACUGUCACCUUCGUGGUCAAUCUUGAACGGCCAAUGUCGUAAACGAUGCAAUGCUGGGUCUGUUGUUUCCAGUAUACCUUAUCAUCUGAUAAGACACCUGAUAGGACAAGAUAUACAAAUAAAUGCACCUGUCGGAUUACCGAAAUUUAAGCUAUGUUCAAAUAAAAUUUCUACAACAACUGACAGGGUGAUGAAAUCCUGCAAGUGUACCUCCGACAUCUGUUAUUACCUAACUCAGUUAAGAGUUCACCAUCAAGAUUACAGUGAUACCUACUACACAGUUUAUGAUUCCUUAGAUAGGCAAAUGGUAUAA